GAGAGAGAGGCGACGGAGACGGGGAGGGAGAAGAAGAGCGUGACUACUGCUAGCAGACUCUUCGUUUCCAGUGAAACGUCACAUCGGAGGAAAAUGGAUGUUCUCUUCGCACAGUCCGACCCACCACCGUCCCCACUUAGCUCUUCCAUUUAUCCGUCCUCCUCCUCCUCCGCUUCUUCUUCUUCUUCUUCGCCGCCGUCCGUCUCAGGAAGAUCCACCGGUUUCGCCGCCUCUUCGAUUGUUUCCGUGCCGCAGAGAUUUCUGGCCACGAUUCACUCCCUUAGGGUCCGGUACUUCCUCUUCGCCGCCGUCGCGGUGGUGAUGCUCCUGCUACCGCUGCUUUCCCUUGUCUCAGGUAACAGUCCAUGUUCAUCAUCUGGAGGGUGCCCAGCCGGCGCCAUCUCGAAUGCAAACCGGGCACUACUCUCUGGUCUUCCUCAUCGCAAGUUUCUCAUUAGACGCUCGCUGCUGGCGAAGGAGGAGCCCAACAGGAUGUGGGGAGAGAAGUGUACGACGGCAGACAUAGUGAUAAACCAGGGCCCAACUUCUCCUCUCCCUAACGGGACACCAACUUACACCGUAGAGAUAAUGAACGUCUGCGUCACCGGCUGCGACAUUUCCAGGAUCCACAUCACCUGCGGCUGGUUCAGCUCCGCCCGUCUCGUCAACCCCAAAGUCUUCAAGCGCGUCCGCUACAACGACUGCCUUGUCAACAAUGGCAAGCCUUUGCCCAACGGCGGCACCCUUUCCUUCGAGUACGCCAACACUUACUCCUACCCUCUCACCGUCUCUUCUGUGGUUUGCCGUUGAUCUCUUCUCUUCACCAACCGCUCGUCAAUUCCCAUCCAGAGCCCAGCACACAAGCAAUUCGAACACGUGACAAGAAAGAUUAAUUAGCUAUACAGAGACGAAACGUUUACAAAGAUUUUGUGGGGUUGCUUGCAGGGAACCCUUUUUCUCUUGGUUGUAUAGAGUACUUAAUAUGAUACGAGUGGGAAACAUAUAGUGUAGUCAAUAGUUGCGUUGGCUACGUUUUGUUUUCCCCUUUUUUGGCUUGGUAUCCGGAAGAGUAGCAUUUUGGAAUUGAGAGGUCAAAUUAUGAUAUAUCUUUGUUUGUGUUCUUCAAGCUGCACCA